AUGAAAUCCGCUGUUGGGGUAAAAUCGGAGGAAAAUGGUCCCCCGCGUGAAACCUCGGACGACCGGAUAUCCACGGUCAAGAUAGCCGGACAUCGGGAUGCAGCCUCCCGACCACUCGGACAAUGCAGGGUAAUCCGUCCGUGGAACCACCAUUUGACAGCUUGUGCCAGGGCCACUUCGAGUCGAAAUGAGCUACAGCUUCACCCCCGCCCAAUUAGGGACUUCAGCCCAGUGGAACCGAUCGGACGGGGAGGUGACGGCGGAAUCCAUCGCCGAUCUGACAGGGGUCUGCACGAGCUGCAGCUCUAUUGCUUAGCCUGCAGAAGCUUAUCUGUACGGUCCGCGAUGGAGAAGACCCUGCGCCUGGAGUCAGUUGAUGGAUCCUGGUCAGAUAUCAUGGUCUGGUCGCCGGACAGCCUGACCAUCGCUCGUCUGGACGUGGCUAGACUCCGUCUUUAG